AUGGGCUCAUCCCUGUGGGCACAGCGGCUACGCCAAUGCGUGCCGCUGACGACAGAUGCAGCCAUCAUUGCGCUGCAAGCGGGCCUGCUUGUCGUUUUCCUCGGCCUCCUCCACUCCUCCUCUCCGCCCGACCUCCUCCCCGGCUCUCAACUUUUGCGCUCCCUUUCCCUCUCCGCGUCAGGCGGCGACGCUGCCAAUUCGGAAUCCCCUCAUCAGCAUGUCUCCGUUGAUUGCUGCGCUAAGAACAGCGGCAACAGCAGCAUCGAAGACUCUUCUAACGAGGACAAUCCUCCGCCCUUCCCUCCACCGGAGCGCGCCAUCGUGGCGUGGUUCGCGCGCCGCUAUUGGUCCGCCAUGAACGAAGCGGCGGCGCGCUGCGGUUUGAAGCGCAGCCGCCAGGUGGCCUGGCGUGAUUUGCUCGCGGGAGUGAGCAAUCAGGAUAGGGUUACCCGCGCAGACUACCCGGGAAUUGCCGGGGCGUUUUUCGACACAGCUUUUGACUUCAGAUUCGUCCGGAACACUCCCCACUUUUCUUCCCUCCAUUUCCAUCACCCCUGUUUCCCAUCCUCCCUCUCCCCAUCUCCCAUUUCCCCUUUCCUUGCCCUUCUCUUCCCCCUUCUCGUUCCCCCCCUUCUCGUUCCCCCCCUUCUCGUUCCCCCCCUUCUCGUUCCCCCUCCCCACCCCCCCUCACCCUGCACCUCCCCCAUCUUCUUCCCGUCCCGCCUCCGCUCCUUCCCCCUCUCCCCCCCGCCGCCUCACCUCUACUUCAGAGCGCGCCCGCCCUUCUUUAAACACCCGGAGUGCCGGCAUCUGCGGCGGGGAUGUGCCUUCUCGCUGCUGCGCCAGCUGCCUCUCGUGCACCUGCCGCCCAGAGAUGUGCAGCUGCCGCCCAGAGAUGUGCAGCUGCCGGCCCGGAAGCUGCAACUGCCACCCAAAGAAUUGGGGAGGGAAGGGGGCGGCAGCGGGGUGGGCGUGGAAGGAGUGGCGGUGGAUCCGGAUUUGAAGCUCAUUGCGAUUGUCUUCCCACAGUUCCACGCGUGCAGGGAGAAUGAUGAGUUCUGGGGAGUCAAUUUCACCGAGUGGGACAAUGUCAAGAGAGCAUACUUCCACCCCACCACCUUCCGCCCUGUCGCCCACCCCAUCGGCCCUGCAACUCCUCCCAAACCUCCCCAUACCGCUCUUCACUCCCUUUCUUCUGCUGUCCCGAAAGCACUCCCGAUCUCCCACCCCCUCUCGCACCUCUCCGGUGGGUAUUAUAACUUCCUUUCUCGCUCCCACCGCCGCCGAACCUCAGCUCUGGCCCGAGCCUACGGGUUUCACGGCCUGUGCUACCACCACUACUGGUUCGGGUGUCGCCGAACCACGCUCGCCGAGCCUCUGCUCCGGAUGCUAGAGGACGGCGAGCCCAACCUCCCGUUUUGUCUUAUCUGGGCGAAUGAGCCGUGGACAAACCGGUGGGAUGGCGCAAGAGGGGGGGGGGAAGGGAAUGGAACGUUGCUGGGGCAGACUUAUGGGGAUGAGGAGUGCUGGAGGGAGCAUUUCGACUGGCUGUUGAAAUUCUUCAACCAUCCCAACUACAUCAAGGUAUCAGGCCGGCCUAUGUUCGGCAUUUACCAACUCAGCGGCAUUCCCGAACCUGAGGCUCGGGGGAUGUUUGACAUCUGGCACAGCCUGGCUCGGCAGCACGGCCUCCCGGGCCUGCACCUGUUCCAAUGCCUCACGAGCCCCAAGAGUAAACCGAGCCAACGCUCCCUUGUGCAAGCCGUGGCAGAAUACGAACCUAACUACCGCAAGUUUAGGUUCAACGAGACCCCAUCCGAGGUUCGGCUUCUUCCGAACCACUACCGAGGCUCGUACGUGGCUUGGGAUAAUUUCCCCAGGCAUUCGACGGACCUGUCGUGGAGGCUCGGGGAUGUGGCAGAGGACCCGAUCCACUUGACAGCCAGGAUGGAGGCUCGGAUGAGGCUGGCUCGGCAAGACGUGGCUGAGGACCGGGUAAGGUUCGGCAGCAGCCCGAACGGCACAAGGACUGAAGGUCUUAGCUUAGGUCAAGUCCGGGGAGGUUCGGAGAAAGUGCAAAGAGGUUCGGACAAAGGUGCGGUUCAAAAAGGGCCACAGGAGGUGCAAGAGGGUGUUGCGAACGGGACGUAUUUCUUUGUUGCGGCUUGGAACGAGUGGGGCGAAGGUAAUGCUCUUGAGCCGAACCACAUAUUUGGGUUCGGAAACCUCAAUGCUGUCGCCCGAGCCUAUGCCCGAAGCAGGCAUCCAGCCACCGAGCCUCAGCUCGUGCUUCGGAGAUUAGCCGAGGCUGCAGUGGCGUGCGGGCUUUGUCUGGACGUGAGAUACUAUGUGGAUAUGGAUGGCGAGCUAUAUGAGGGGAUGGAAGGACGUGUGAGGAGGGAGGGAGGACGCAUAGUGAAGCACUUUAUAGAGAAGGGGUUUCUGAGAGGGAAGCAAUUCAGGUUGAGGCGAAGGCGGCAGGGGAAAGGACAGGGGGGAGCGGAGGUGAAAGGGCAGGGGGAAGGGCAGGGAAAGGUGAAUGGGGAGCAGGAGAGGGAGGCAGAUGGGGAGGAUGAAGAUGAUGAGGAGGGAGAUGGGGAGGGAGAUGGGGAAAAGGGUGAUGGCAAAGAGGUUUGGGAAAGCAAUGCAGCUCAAUUGGAAGGUUACCAUGAGCUCAGCUGCUUUUCCAAAGGCACGGCCGUGAACAGGACUGCUGGCAGCAGUGGUGGUGGUGCUGCGGCUGCUCCUGCUGCUGGUACUGCUGACGAUGAUGGCAGGGAGGGGGUUCAAAAGAGUACAGCUGUUGUGGGGUGCAAGUGGUUGAAACUGCCGCUAGACUAUGCAACAGUCGCCUACCUUGUGGAGGAGGAGCUUAUUUAG